ACAGAAACGUCAUUUCAGUGUUGUUUUUAUUUGAAAAAAAAAAAUCGAACGCGAAAAUUGUACACAUCAAAACAUUGCACAAUGCUGAAGCUAUCGCUAAAACGAUUUGCCUCAGUUUUAUUCUUCCAAAUGCUCUUUCUCGUGGUGGAUUUGGGAAUAAACAGUUUUUCAUAUCUUGCCCGUGGUCAUCAUUCUGCAGUGAUUUUUCUGUUCAUCGCUCAGGAUGUCUGCUUAAUGUUAUCGUUCACGGCGUUCGUGUUCAGUCUGUACUCCACUUACGUGUACCAAGCAGGAAUGGCCAACCUGCUGUACGAGAAGUUCCGUACGCCGCUCCUCAUAAGCAUGACGUACUUUUUCCUCAGCAUCGCUCUUCACCUCUGGCAGGUAUUGGGCCACUCCAAUGAACCGUAUCAAUUCCAAUGGCCCAAAGCAUUGACCGCUUUAUUUAUAAUUCACCGACUGUUUUCGCCCAUCUAUUACUAUCUCUACAAGAAAUCAGCGCUAAAGAUGAGUGAUCCUCGAUUCUAUGAAAAUCUGGAUUGGAUUGCUUCGCAGCUGUCGAUUAAGUAAGUCUUCAAAGUGCAUGGAACCAUUCUACGAAGAGUUAGUUGCACUGGAUAUGCUAUGUUAAACCGUGUAUGUACACUAACUGCGUAAGAAAGCGUAGCUAUUCUUCUGACGAUUCGUUUAUAUGACAUAUGACUGUAACAAUUCUUUUGUUGCUACUCUUAUAAGACUGAGUUUCCACGAAUAACUACGCUAAUUUCCACACCGUUUUAUGUAAUCGUAAACAAACUAACCAAAGCACAAAUGAAUGAACUUCAGUAUCUCAAUACUUGUUCUACCCUUGUAAAGGGGGAACAGCGUAGACGUAAUUCGAGGCUACAACAGCGACGACUUAAUUUUAUUAAUUUACAUUCCUAGUCUAUAGUUCAGAUUACUAGUCAUCUAGUUCAGAUAACUUAACCAUAAAUGUAGUGUAUAAAUAUAUAAAUGUCUAAUUUAUUACACAUAUCAAAGAGUUCAAUCAAUAAACAGGUGAAAAAGUUAUAAAAGUGUUUGAAUUUUCUUAAUCUCGAUAGUUCAUUCUGAUGAAGAGUGUCGUAAUUGAGCAAAUCGUUGAGACAACCAUGUUCCAUUCCAAACAUGUUCGUGUUGUUAAAUAAGGUUCUACAGCUGUUAUGCGAGUUCUAAGAGUGUAAUUUGCAAAGCUAAUUAAAAUAUACAUUAAGCUUAAUGACUUCCCUCCAGUGCAAACUUGGCCAUUAGAUGUUUGUCUUUCUCUUUUAAUGAUUAACCCGACAUCCUAAGUAAUACGCUCUCUGGCCAUUCUUUCUGAAUAAAAACUCAACGCUUGAUCUUCCGUUGAAUGACUAACGCAGAAUGUAAAGAAAAAGAAGAACAAAAAGUUUGGCCAUGGUAGACAUAUGACUUGCACUAAAUUAGAGCAAAAAGCAUUACACUGUGUGUAAGAUUACUCAAAAACUCAUUUUUUUUCUUUCGACUGCUUAAAUUUGAAGUGAAUUACACACCAGAUCAAAUUUUCUCUUUAAGUUCAUGUUCUCAUAAGACAAUUAGGAAAAACGAAGAGCUUUUACCCUCAUUUUGUGACGAAUUUUAUUUCCAUUUCCGCAGCAUUUACGCAUUCAUUCACCCUCAACAUAUUAAUUAACAAACGGCAAUCUGAUAGUAUACAAACAUAUAGUAAAAUGUGUGGGGGGAGGGGGACGUAAAAUAAAAUGAACCAAAGAGCUACACGUAGGGAUGUAGAUGACUGAUUUUAUAGACGCUUUAACACCAUUAAUAACUAACGCGUAGUCCUGAAGGUGAAGGUAAAAACCCUGGAAUCAUGUUAGGGCAGCAACACAACCCCAGUACACACUAUUUGUUGACCAAAAGGGGAAAGCAUAGAGUUGCAGCUUUCCCUGAAAAGAACAUAAAUCCAUCCAGGAGCGUAACGGUAUGGUUGUUCGGUAUGCGUGCGUGCAAAUGUAUCUAUACGACGGGUGGCGGGGUGUAUGGGUGGGUGGUGGUGGUGGU